AUGAAAUGCAAUAGCCAUAACCUGUUUUCUCUGAUUGUCUUGUCUAUCGGCUUAAACACAAUUCCUGUUGUAAGCAAAUACUCUAAAUCAGGAUCAGAUUCUUAUGUCCUCGCUUGUGGUGCUUCUGGUUCUGGCACAGAUAGUGAUGGCAGGAAUUGGCAGUCUGAUGCAAAUUACGUCAUUUCUUCAGGUAAUUCAACAGCUGCAACAGCUCAAAACCAAGACCCUUCAUUGCCAUCCACAAUUCCUUACAUGACUGCAAGGAUAUUUUCAUCUGAAUCUACGUACAAGUUUUCUGUUCCUAAAAAGGGUCGCCUCUGGGUCAGACUCCAUUUUUAUCCAUCUACUUAUAGCUCUCUUGAUCCUAACACUUCUUACUUCUCCGUUACUGCAAAUACUUUCACCCUCCUUAACAAUUUCAGUGCCUCCGUUACGGCACAGGCUCUCACGCAGGCCUUUAUUGUCAGGGAAUUCUCUCUGAUACCAAUUGAUUCUGGCACUCUCAAUCUCACCUUCACACCCUCCUCAAAUUAUGAUAAUGCAUAUGCUUUUGUUAAUGGCAUUGAAGUAAUUCCAAUGCCAGAUAUUUACCAGCCUGCAGCAUUGGUUGGUUUCAGCGACCAAACCCUUGAUGUUGGUAGCUCGACUUUGCAAACAAUGUUUAGGUUAAAUAUUGGUGGGCGUUUCAUUCCUGCAAUCAAGGACUCAGGCCUUACAAGAACAUGGUAUGAUGAUACACCAUAUUUGUUUGGCGCAGGCAGCGGCGUCACUUCUCAAGCUAACAUUAGCAUUCAAUACCCUGCAGAUAAUCUAUCAAAGUCUAGUGCACCUUUAGAUGUUUAUAGUACAGCAAGAUCAAUGGGGCCAGAUUCGAAAGUGAAUCAGAACUAUAAUCUAACAUGGACAUUUCAGGUUGAUCCGAAUUUUACAUAUGCGUUUAGGUUCCAUUUCUGCGAGUAUCAGGAGACAAAGGUCAACCAGAGAGUGUUUGAUAUCUAUGUUAAUAACCAAACAGCACAAGAAGGUGCUGACGUGAUAGGUUGGGCAGGAUCUCAAGGAGUGCCAAUCUAUAAGGAUUAUGCUGUUUAUGUUGGUGAUCGGAGUGGUGAUGAUGAUUUAUGGGUGGCAUUGCAUCCUAGUGUAUCGAUGAAGCCAGAAUACUAUGAUGCGAUUCUUAAUGGACUGGAGAUUUUUAAGCUUAAUGACUCCAGAGGGAAUUUGGCUGGCCCGAAUCCAGUGCCAUCACUGAUGAUGCUUCAGGCAGAAGCAAAAAAGGGUUUUUCACCAUCAGGAUCCAGUUUUGUCCCAGUGAUUGGUGGCAUUCUUGGUGGGAGUGCUGGAAUAGCAAUAGUAGCUCUUAUCUCCAUUUUCGUAUACAGGAAGAUGAGCUGUGAUUAUGGAAAUCAGUAUGGAAGUAGUGCUAAUUGGUUGCCACUCUACGGGCAUUCACACACAUCGGCUAGCAGAUCAACAAUAUCUGGUAAAAGCAAUUGCAGUAGCCAUCUUUCAACUCUUGCGCAAGGCCUAUGUCGCCAUUUUUCAUUGCCAGAUAUUAAACAUGCUACCAAGAACUUUGAUGAAUCUCAAGUAAUAGGAGUUGGAGGAUUUGGGAAGGUUUACAAAGGCAUUAUUGACCAAGGGAUAGCAGUUGCAAUCAAAAGAUCAAAUCCUUCUUCAGAACAAGGAGUUCACGAGUUUCAGACCGAGAUUGAGAUGCUUUCUAAGCUGAGACACAAGCAUUUAGUCUCUUUAAUUGGGUUCUGUGAAGAAGAUGGGGAAAUGGUUCUAGUUUACGAUUAUAUGGCAAAUGGUACUCUAAGGGAGCAUCUCUACAAGGGCAACAAUCCAGCCUUGUCUUGGAAGCAAAGAUUGGAGAUAUGUAUUGGUGCUGCUAGAGGGCUCCACUAUCUCCACACUGGUGCAAGGUACACAAUCAUUCACAGGGAUGUAAAGACUACAAACAUACUCUUGGAUGAGAAGUGGGUGGCAAAGGUUUCCGAUUUUGGCCUGUCAAAAACUGGACCUAAUCUUAACCAAACACAUGUCAGUACAGUAGUAAAGGGUAGCUUUGGGUACUUGGAUCCUGAGUACUUCCGCCGGCAACAAUUGACAGAAAAAUCUGAUGUCUACUCUUUCGGGGUAGUCCUUUUUGAAGUGUUAUGUGCCAGGCCGGCCCUUAAUCCUAGCUUGCCUAAGGAGCAAGUUAGUCUAGCAGAUUGGGCUCUACAUUGCCAAAAGAAGGGAACCCUUUGGGAUAUUGUUGAUCCAUAUAUAAAGGGAGACAUAAAUCCUGAGUGCUAUAACAAAUUCGCUGAGACAGCAGAAAAAUGUUUGGCUGAUCAUGGAUACAAUCGCCCUUCCAUGGGUGAUGUGCUGUGGAAUCUUGAAUAUUCUCUACAAUUGCAAGACAAUCCUGCAGGUUCUGGAUUAAUUGCAGACAGCACAACAAAUGACACCGAUGCAAAUCAUAGAGAGAUAGCUGGAACUGAGGAGACAGGUCGUGAGGGAACUGAUGAGCCAUACACUAGAGAAAUUUUUUCAACAGUAAAUCCCAAAGGAAGAUGAGGAUUUUUUUUUCUUUUUCUUAAAGUUUCUCCUUUUCUAUUUAAUUAGCCUAGUUAGGAGGAAUGUAUGGUUGUCAUA